AUAACACCUUUCUCUUUCUGCACUCAAGAAUUACUCUUUUCAAUCUUGUCCAUUGUUUCCAGUUGCCAAUUGAGAAUAGAAUCCAAAUUUCUGUGAACUUUUCAAUCUCCAGAAUGGCGAAUGAAGGACCAAACUGGGAAGGUUUGCUUAAAUGGAGUUUAUCUCACGCUGAUGGUACUCAUAGUCAUCCUCCUCGACAUUUAAGUGAGGAGGAACGAGUAUGGUUUAUGGAAGCUAUUCAAGAGCGAACUGUGAAUCUUGUCACACGCAUGAAAGAUAUUAUUGUAGUUAUGAAGAUUCCAGAGCAAGUUCUUGAGUCUCAAGGACUUACGACUGCUGAUAUAGAAGAGAUGUUGGACGAGUUAAAAGAGCAUGUGGAGUCUAUAGACAUGGCAAAUGAUUUUCAUUCAAUAGGUGGUCUGCCCCCUCUACUUGGUUACCUAAAACAUUCUAAUGCAAAUAUUCGUGCAAAGGCUGCUGAUGUUGUUACAACUUUAGUUCAGAACAAUCCAAGAAGUCAGGAACUCGUUAUGAAAGCAAAUGGCAUGGAGCCUCUCCUUUCUAAUUUCACUUCAGAUCCUGAUGUUUCUGUUCGUACAAGCUCAAUUGUAGCGAUAGCCUCAUUGAUCAGGCAAAACAAUCCAGGGAUUUCUGCAUUUCGAUCAGCCAAUGCUUAUGCAGCACUUAGAGAAUCAUUGAGUUCUGAGAAUGUGAGAUUUCAAAGGAAAACAUUGAACUUGAUCCAUUACCUUCUGCAAGAGAACAGUGAGGACUGUAAUAUCCUAAAAGAGCUAGGUUUCCCUCCUAUUAUGAUACAUCUAGUUUCCAGCAAAGACUUAGAGGUACGAGAAGGUGCUUUACGUGGGCUUCUCGAGCUUUCUCGAUAUUCUAGCCUAUCUGAAGACAAUGGGAAAAAGCUCAAGAAGAUUCUUCAAGAAAGGAUUGACAACAUUAUCUUAAUGCCAUCCGACGAUUUAGAAACUGCUAGAGAAGAAAUACAGCUUGUAGAUUCCAUAUGGAAUGUGUGCUAUAAGCAGCCUUCUUCUCUUCAGGAGAAGGGGCUACUUGUUCUUCCUGGAGAAGAUGAUCUUCCACCAGAUGUUGCUAGCGAGCACCUUGAACCUACUUUGAGGAGGGUUUGGGCUGCAAAUCAAAGGGAAACUGCGGAGAAGAAAGAACAGAAUGCAGAUGGUGAUGUUUAGAAGAUGAGCUAAUGGUUUAGCUUUUGAUGAAACCUAAACUACUAACUGGUGUUCAUUCUGGCUAUGUUUUCCUGUAAAUGUUGUAUUUUGAUUUUUCAUUUAUUGUUUGAAUCAAUUUAAAACAGAUGUUUUCUGUCAAUUUGUUGUGAGACUUUGUAUAUUUGCCUUUUAUUAAAGAACUAAUAUACUUCAA